AGCUUGGGAGGGAUUGACAGGGCGUUUAGUUGUCUGGGAAUCGGCACCGCGAACGGAUCGAAAUGGAGGCUCAAACAUAUAUGUGCAUGAUUUUAGUUAUCCUCUGCAGCUGUGGAAUUCCACUUGAGGUCGAGGCGAUCCGGAUGAGAAUGCCCGUUUUGCCAGAGGCACUCAACUGCCGCAAUGAGAGCAUUGGAUUGAACUUUAACCUGACGCGACUUUCAGGCUACUGGUACGAGGCUGCCAGAGUGCCGAAUGUCCAGGUGCUGCAAUGCCUGAAUGUCUCUGUGCCCGCUGAGAUCGAGAAGGAGACCCUCUCGCUGGACUUGAACUUCAUCAGCACAGUGAACAAUGGGUGGCAGUACACCGAGGAGUCCGUCGGGUUCCCCUGGAACAACUCCACCCAAUACGGCAUCUUCAAUCUCCAGUACGAUACGGUCACUGUGACCUACAAGCUGAUGUUAACGGACUACGAGAACAUUGCCUUCGUCUGCGGAUUCGGAAGCAUCUCGCCCGUUCCGCUGUUCAAGCUCUUCACCCGGGAACGGGAGGUCAGCCAGGAGAUGAUCGCCAUGGCGGAGGCAUAUGCCGAGAGGUACGGCAUUGGCAACCAGAUCGCGUGGGAGAAGCAAUCGCCGGGUGAAUGCAAUGGUUCCGGUGGUCUGGCUGCUAUGGAAACUCUGGUGGCUACCAUUGCAGUGCUCUGUUGUUUACGCUGGCGAAGUCAAAUUUUUGCUUCGACUUUACUAUUUGCAUAGUGAAUAUGUCAGUUUUCACUGCCACUAUCAGUACAAACUCUUAUCAAUGUUUUCUUUUUAUUUGCAA